AUGAUUCCCACGGAUCCAAAACCAUCAUCUGAAAAUAGCACAAAAGCACUGAACAUAUCGAAAAAUAUCGACAUGCCGAUAGAAGAACCAAAAGUGGUUACAAAUGAAGGCUUGAAAUCAUUCUGGCAAAAUUUGAAAAAUGAGAUCAGAAAGGCUCAUGAAGGUGACAUAGCGCUUCCGGACCUCACAAAAGACCUUUAUCGACGGGAGCAGCAGUCAUUACGUAACAAGCUGCACAAAAUAAUAAAUGCUCGCAACUGUAAGGUUGCAACGACGCAAACUCCUUUAUCAGGUGAUAUGUUGUUGGCUAAUUAUCCGAAUCUCAAAUCAUCACUAACUGAAGAACAAAUCAUAGAUCUCCUGAACAGACAAGAUCCUCAACUAUCAAUCGAUCGUAUUUCGGAUUUAGUUAAACAGAAGUUGGCAAUUCCGAAAUCUGUUGAAGCAGACAUGAAAUUACUUCGGAAAAACAUGAAGGAUGAGAAAUAUGCAGCCAUUCGGAAAGUGAAAGAAGCGCAACAUAGACAUCUGGAGAAAUUGAAACAAAAUCAUACGAUACAAGUAGAAAGUAUUAAGUCUCAAAAUGAUCGAAAAAUAAGUGGAUUGCAGAGUCAUAUAAGACGAAUUGAGGAGGAAAAAAAAAUAGUGGAAGGUAAAUUAGACAGCUGUGAAAGAAAAUUAAGGAGCAUACAGGCAAGCAUCAUUAAGAUUGAAGCGGAAAAUCGUAUGCUUUAUGAAGAAAACCGAACAUUCAAGCAGGAUUUCGUGAAACGACACGAUACGAAUCAAAACCUUCAUAAGAGCGUAUUACUUAUCAGUAAGCUUAAGGAUAAACUUAGAAAGUCCGCAGAAACACAAGAAUUGAUUCUGCAACAAUUUCGCCUUUUAGAAAUUGAACGUGAUGAACUUGUCGAAGCGAUUUAUAAUGGAAUACGCGAUGUGGAAGAAGUAAAUCAUAUGGGCAACAGAAUCCUGGCAUAUGAAAUUACAAAAACAGAGGAUCAAGUUGGAGAAUAA